ACGCAAUGUCACUUGGUCUGCAUCAUCCACGCCCUGCCACGAUGCCGUGUAAGCGUCUUGGGUCACCUAUUGCGCGGUCGGUCGGUACCCUACCUCACCUUAUAGGAGCCAAGCCAAGUCGUAGGGCAGCUCCGUGCAUCUCCCGUGGCUCGGCCUCCCUCCCUGCUCAUUGCCUCUGCCAAGUACCGGGUACACGUCGCCCAAAGUCUAUCAAGUACACACGAGAACCAACCUCGUGCCCAUGCGGAGCUUGAACGCUCGACGGCCGCGAUGAACCAUGACGGAGUCCGACUGUUGUGUCAUUAUCAAUCUUUUUGCCCUUUCUUCUUUUCGUUCGGUCCCGUAGGCUAGUCCCGGUCACGUUCACACCCUCGCAAACCUCCGCCCUUCCGCUUCCCGUCUGCAUUGUCUUAUACCUUGCCUCCCGCGCUCUAGCUACCCUGACAUCUCUUUCCUGUCUCCAGUAUAAGCUAUCUAGGCCAUUCGACUCACUCUGUCUGCCGUGACUGAAACAGAAAGCCUUGUUGUUACUCACACCUGCAAGUAAAUCUACUCGCACAUAGACGCCACCUCAUCCAAACUUCGUCUCGAGGACGACAGAGCAAACACCAUGACGGAACACGAAGUUCCACGGCGGUCGUCGAGCACGCUCUCCCGCAUAGCUCAGAGGUUCUCAUUCUCUACCAAGACAUCGCCCUCCCCGACACCGACCCAGACCAAAACAACUUUAUUCGAGAAGACUCGGGCAUCGAGUUCUACUAGUCAAUCAAGCAACUCUAGCAAAUCGAGCACCGGACGGAGCCCAGCACGAAGCGGUGAGCUGAGGCGUCAACAAAGGGGCGAAAAGCUUCUUCGUCAAGAGGAAGAGAAGCGCGAAUUGGAAGAGCGCCGUAGGAUCGAAUACGAACAAGCCCGCAGUGCCGAGGAUGAAGAAACUCGAGCACGGUACGGCGAAGGCGACGAGGGAGACUACCCGACCGAGCUCACGACCAUCGGCGAGGCAGUCAAGCUGGAUAUCAACACCAAGGUGACCUUUCGAGCGAGGAUCCACACCCAGCGGAACAUCUCGAAACAUCUAGACUUCAUUCUCUUCCGCGAUCAAACCGACACGAUCCAAGGCGUAUUGGCACACACGACGCCAAACAUGGUAAAAUGGGUUCAGAGGUUGCAUCCCGAAUCCAUCGUUCAGGUAUCUGGCACUUUGAAGAAGCCCGUCCAGGAAGUAAAGUCCGCACACCACCACCACGUUGAAGUAGACGUCUACUCCAUCCAUCUUCUCAACCCAGCCAAGGCACCUCCUUUCACAAACUACCAACCACCAGAGAGCAUGAACUUCAGGUUGAACAACCGCAUUCUCGACUUGAGACACCCCAGCAACCAAGCACUCUUCCGCGUGAGGGCCAUGAUCACACGCAAGUUUCGUGAAACACUGGACAACGGCGGCUUCAUCGAGAUUCAAACUCCUAAACUACAGCCAGCAGCCACCGAGAGCGGCGCCGAGGUGUUCAAACUGAACUACUUUGGACGGCGCGCAUUCUUGGCGCAGAGCCCUCAGUUGGCAAAGCAGAUGGCCAUCUCUGCAGACUUUGGCAAGGUGUACGAAGUCGGUCCCGUCUUCCGAGCCGAAAACUCCAACACGCAUCGCCAUCUGACCGAAUAUACCGGACUCGACAUCGAGAUGAAGAUCCACAAGCAUUAUCACGAGCUCAUCAGAGUCAUUGACCAAGUGCUCAAGAACAUCUUCACAGCCGUGCAGGCGAUGCCUGAACUAAAGAUCAUUCGUGAGCGGUUCCCCAGCGAAGACCUCGUAUGGUUGGACAAAACCCCCAUCAUUCCGUUCCCCGAAGGAUUGCAGAUGCUUCGUGAUGAUGGACGUGAUGUGGCCGAAGAAGAUCUGUCUACGCCGGAUGAGAUUCGGCUGGGUGAACUGGUCAAGCAGAAGUACGGAACCGACUACUACAUCCUUGACAAGUUCCCCGCCAAUGCCCGCCCAUUCUACACACACAAGGCAGGCGACCCAUUCUGGACUAAUUCCUUUGAUAUCUUCAUCCGCGGGCAAGAGAUUUGUACUGGAGGCCAACGCAUCAACGAUCCCACGGAGCUGCGCAAAAAUAUGGCCGACAAGGGUAUUUCGGAGGACGAGAUGGCCGAAUAUUUGGAAGCGUUCGACCUUGGCGCUCCCCCGCAUGGUGGUGCCGGCCUCGGUUUGGAUCGUGUUGUGUUCCUCCUCCUGAACCUAGGAGAUGUACGAUAUGGCACUCUCUUUUAUCGCGACCCAAAGUCGUUGCCCCAGCGGGCGUUCGCUCUGCCGCACCCGAAUGCCGACACCACCAAGGCUUGGGCAGGCAAGGAGAUGCCACCACUGGAAGACCUCAUUGCCAACUACGGCGAUGCCAGCAAUACUUCAUGGCUUGACGAACGAUUCGAACUCUGGCGACACAGCAGCGGUGCCGCGGUCGGUUACGUCAAGCGCGGCAAGUUUGCGAUGAUUACUGGAGACCCUCUCUGCGACCGUGGUCAAUACGAAGAGGUUAUUCCAGCUUUCAUUGACUUUGUCAAAAACGAGCUCAAGUUGACGCCCGUGUGGAUGUUGGUUUCCAACAAAGUUCAGGAAAUUCUGGGGCGCCGCAUCGGCUGGCGAACCAUGAGCUGCACCGUAGAGCAGCGGGCCGACGCUGAUCAGCACACCACACCCGACGGUCGCGCCGCUCGCCGCGUCAAGAAAGAAGGUAUCAAGGUCCAUGAGCUCAAGCCUGACGAAGAUUUCAUGAGGCGUGCCGAUCAGUCCAUCGAGGCAUGGAAGGAGAAGCGCAAGGGGAAGACCCAAGUCCAUCUCACUGAGAUCCGUCCCUGGAUUGACCAAGCUCAUCGCCGCUACUUCGCCGCCGAAAAGGACGGCAAGGUUCUAUGCAUGGUCGUUCUCGCGCAGCUGUCGCCCCGGUACGGAUGGCAGGUCAAGUGGGCGCUCGAUUUCCCCGACGCUCCCAAUGGAACGAUCGAAGUCCUUGUCGAGCACGCGCUCUCGUCCAUCUCCGGCCCCGUCACCUUUGGUGCCGGUGUAAGCGAGAAAUUCAUUCCCGGCGAGCACCUGCACGGUGUCAGGGCUAAGUUCCUCAGUAAGACCUAUGCCGGCAUCGUCAAGAGUCUGGGUCUCGGCAAGAAGGCCGAGUUCAGAGACAAGUUUGGAGUAUUGGGCGAGCAAGUGUACCUCUGCUACCCGCGCCGCGGCGUCAGCCUUUUCGAUCUCAAGCAGGUUGUCAAGUUUUUCAUGGAUGAAGACGAGGCCAAGGUUUGAGCCAGUUGGCACCAUUGACGACAGUGGGAGCGAGAAGCAUGGAGUUGAAUUCGCGACAUUGCAAGCACGGCGUUUGGCUUUUCUCUUUUCUUUUGCUGCAUAACCAUUACGAUACCUUUUGCGUCUGCGCCGUUUUUGGAUUAUCUUCUCUCUCUUUCUGUUCAGAGUCCUUCCUUUCGAUACCAGCAUAGACUCGCAUUCAGUGUUUCUCGCAUGUCAUAGCACCCCCAUUGGAGACGUUCAAGGCCAGGAAAACGGUUUCACAGCACUAUGUCCAGAUAGCAUUAUCCCGUAGUACCAUUAGAGAAACCCACAGACGUAUUUAUACCUCUAAAACGAUCUUUUCUGUUGUGAGAGUUGCAUAAAAAAGUCAAAGUCCGACGUCGGAGGAGCCGGAAGCGUUGGGAAGUUGGCACUCGACUAUGGACAUGCGCACGUUUGAAGCGAUGGUCACUGUGGCGUCCCUUUUGAAUCCGUCUCACAUGCUGCGUUUGCAUCGCAUGGUAUCCCACCGGCAGGCAAAGUGUGGUACAGUCUUGUUAAGCAAUUGUGGCAGGCGACAACGGUGGAAAACUUUUACCUCAAUUGACUACUUUGGUAAUGUAGCAAUCUGUCAAAACGCCUCGACUGCCGAGGGACGCGGGAUGUACCUAUCUCGGGAGGCUAUGAUGUCACAUCUCUGGUGGUUAAUGCCUGCCAUCAUGGUCUCUCAGAUCAAGGGGGGAAUUGCGGACGCAAAAGUGAGUGACAGAAUCAAGAUGAGCAUUGAUACACGACG